CAGUGGGCAGUGACCCCUAGAGCCCCGCCCGCAUCCCAAAAAUACAGGAAGCUGUAACUCACUUCUGGGGAGCCCCUCCCCCUCCCUCAGAUAAAACUACACCACUCAGCCUUUUAACCCACACCUAACCUGGUCCGGCACGGUCCAGCACGCUUCAACAGGGUCCUCUCCCGGUCCAGCACAGCCCUAACGCAGUCCAGUUCGGCCCAGCACGGUCCGGCCCAGUCCAGCACAGUCCGGCCCAGUCCAGCUCGGUCCGGCCCAGUCCAGCACAGUCCGGCCCAUUCCAGCACGGUCCUUUCCUCUGGACGCAGAACGUCGCUGCUCUUUGGUUUGGGGAAUAUGACUGCUGAGACCCUUACCUUCGGCCCUGAAUGGCUCCGUGCUCUGUCCGGUGGGGGGAGUGUGACCUCCCCGCCCCCCUCCCCUGCCAUGCCGAAGUACAAGCUGGCCGAGUACCGCUACGGCCGCGAGGAGAUGCUGGCGCUUUACGUCAAAGACAACAAGAUCCCAGAGGAGAUACAGGAGUUCACAGCUGUGAUGCAGGAGGAGCCUCUGCUGCCUCUUGCUCUGAUUCCCCUGACUGAGGAGCAGCAGAGGAACUUCUCCAUGUCUGUGAACAGCGUGGCUGUGCUGAGGCUCAUGGGAAAAGGGGGCGCAGCCCUCUCCACGGGCGUGGCCCGUGGCCGCGGCAGCACGCGAGGAGGCAGAGGACGUGGUCGGGGCGACAACGGGUUUUACCAAAGAAGUGAGGAGGGGGAUGGGGUGUUCAUCCGUAGUCAGAGCUGGGAUGGCAGGGGAGAGAGGCGGUUUGAUAAGCCAGCCCGGCGAGAUGGGGUGCGGGCGGGGCUUGAGGAGGCGGGGCCUGUGGGGAGGAAGGACUACCCACGCUCAGACAGCGAUAACUGGCGCACCCUGAGAGAGGAGCAGGAGGAGGAGGAGGGGGCGGAGCCUGGAGGAGGCUGGAGACUGACUGGCUGCCGGCGCGAUGAUGGAGGGCCACGGUCGGCUGGCUGGCGGGAGCAUGGCGGUUUGGGGGACGGGCGGCGCAGGAAGACUGAGUUUGAUUUUCGGGAGCACGGCGAGGGGGGGCGCAGACGGGCGGACUCAGAGGGGCUGGAGGACGAGCGGGACGACCUGCCCGAGUGGUGCACCGACGAGGAGGAUGGAGAGAUGGGCACCUUCGACUCCUCCGGGGCCUUCCUGCCUGUGAGGAAGGAAUCUAAGGAUGCUGUUCUGGAGGACCUGGAGUUUCAGGGGCUGGAGGAGGAGCAGGAGGAGCUGGAGGGAGGAAGGAAGGAGAGAAAUGAGGAGAGAGGUGUUAUGGAGGACUCGGUGGGGUCUGAGGAGGAGCCACAGUCUGUGCCCACCUCCUCCUCUGCAGCUGACUCUCAUCCCCCCCGAAACAAACUGGAGAGGCCCCCAAGCCCCGCCCCACGUCCUGCAAAUGGCAGCCAGCUGCCCAGUGAAGGGAACCUGCUAGCAAGAGCGACUGCCCCCCUGAGCCCAGCCACGCCCACCACCCUGGCCACACCCACCACCCUGCCCUCCCCGCCUCCCUCUUCCUCUGCUGCUACACGAGUCCCUCCACCAGGGGGCGACACCGAGGAUGAGGAGGGAAUGAAACACCUGCAGCAGGAGGCGGAGCGGAUGGUGGCCUCUCUGCAGGACUCCUCUCUGGAGGAGGAGAGCUUCACUCAGGCACUGCAGGAGAGCCUCAGCACCCGGACCCCGUCCCUGACCCAGGCCAGGACCCCGUCCCUGACCCAGACCCUAACCCAGACCAGGACCUCGUCCCUGACCCUGACCCAGACCCAGGCCAGGACCCCAUCUCUGACCCAGACCCAGACCCAGGCCAGGACUCCAACCGCUGCAGCCCUGCCUCUGUCACAUGAAGCCGCCAUGAAGUGGUUCUACAAGGACCCACAGGGGGAGAUACAGGGUCCCUUCAGCACUCUGGAGAUGGCGGAGUGGUUCCAGGCGGGGUACUUCAGCAUGACCCUGCUGGUGAAGAGGGGGUGCGACGAGGGCUUCCAGCCCCUGGGCGACGUCAUCAAGAUGUGGGGGCGCGUGCCUUUCACCCCGGGACCCUCCCCGCCCCCCCUGCUGCCCCGCAGGUCCUCCCCGCCCCCCCUGCUGCCCCGCGGGCCUACGGGGAACAUGGAGUCUGAUAGGCUGAAGAAGCAGCAGGAGUUGGCGACUCUUUACCAACAGCUCCAGCAAGAGCAGCUGUUUCAGCUCAUCAACAGGUGUGGAGAUCAGGGCGUGAUGGGCUCCAUGAGCAGGUCGAUGUCGGUGCCGGAUACAGGACCCAUGUGGGACAUGCAUACCUCAGCAUCACAGCCAACAGGCGGUGAUGCCAGUUUAUGGGAUUUAAUGAAUUCCACUCAGGGGCCAACUCUGGAACAGCUGCAGAAGCUGCAGGAGAGGCGUGAUGCAGAACUCAGGGCGAAGCGGGAAGAGGAGAAGAGGAGGCAGCAGGAGGAGCAGAAACGACGUGAGGAAGAGGAGCUUUUCCGUCGCAAACAGGAGUUGAUUAUGAAGCUGCUCCAGCAGAAUCAGCAGCAGAUGGCCACGCCCAGUCCAGGGUGGAGCUCCGCCCAGCUGCCCAAAGCCCUCAGCCUGGAGGCUGACAGACACCUGCACCAGCAGCACAGAGCCCAGCACAGGGACAGGCAUGGCAGUCAGUCCCUGGGGGGGCAGUGGGAUGAGUGUGCGGGGGGGCUGUGGGGAGGGGGGGUUAUGGAGGGGAAAUCGGGGGGCGGGGCUGGGAUGGGCCUGUGGGACGAAGCAGUGAAGAACCAGACCAGCCUCCGAACCCUCGGCCUGAAGACCAGCCGCAGCAGCCCCUCUCUCAGUGAGCAGUACAUGCCGAGUCGGAGGAGGCACACUGAGGAAGAGGAGAAGCUGAUGAAGCUGCUGCAGGGUCUGAAGUCGCAGGAUGGCUUCACCACCUGGUGUGAGCAGAUGCUGCACGCGCUCAACUCCUCCGCCAACAACAACUGCUCUUCCUCCGACGUGUCCUCCAUCGUGGCGUACCUGAAGGAGGUGGAGUCUCCGUACGAGGUGCAUGACUUCAUCCGCUCGUACCUGGGGGACACCGUGGAGGCCAAAGAGUUCGCCAAGCACUUCCUGGAGCGGCGGGCCAAACAACGCUCCAACCAGCAGAGACAGCUGCAGCAGCUCUCAAAGGAAGUAGCUGGCUUGACCGCGUCCUUCCCUCUGCAGGACUCAGUGCGAGGGUCGAGCUCUGGCACUCUGCAGUCUGUCUUCCAGGCAGCCCACGCAGGGAAGGGCGGGGCAUACGAUCCCCAGGGUGGGAAGAUGAUAAAGAAACAGCCAAUGAUGUUGCACUCUGAUUCCAGCAUCUUAGGAUACUCGUUCCAUGGUGCGGGGGACCGGCUCAGUCUGAGUGAAAUGGAUCCGGUGGAGGAUUACUGAUCCACAGCAAUAGAUACCGAGGCCUUCCAAUGACCACUGUGCACUGCUGGAGGAGGGGCUGGGCCUGGCCCAGGGGAGGGGGCGGGGCCUGAUCCAGGAGGGGGGCGGAGUCUCAUCUUAAAGCUGUGUCUCCCCUGCGGGACAGGCUCCAGUGAGGUAACCCCCUUUUCUCUCCCAGGGUCUGGGGGGCGGGCGGGUGGACGGACUCUGGCACUUAUUACAAAAAGCACCUUAAACUUGAAGCACUUUAUUACUGGAGGAUUCUGUGAUUCUGCACACGUGUGCACGCACACACACUCACACACACACACACAGACGACACACACACACACUACACUCACACACAACACAAGAACUGGAAAGUUACUUUGAACUGAUGAGGGGUGGGGAGGUGAAGAUUUUUUUUUUGUUUUUUGUUUUUUGUUUUAGCAAAUCCUUUCUUGAAAAUCAAACACUGUUGUUUAUUUUCUAAACAUUUAUAUAAAAAAGUUAUUAAAAAAAAAAGAAAUUUAAAAACUUGAAGAUUUGCACUUGUGUUUAAAAAAAAGACUAAAAUUGGGUGUAGAAAUGAAUAUUUUUGUGAAUUGCGUGCAUGAGUGAGUGUGUGCAUACAUGAGUGAGUGUGUAUAUCUGUGUGUUUUGGAAAUAUUAUCCUGCACAAUGUUUUCAUUGCUUACCAACAUGUAUGAAACAAGCUUAUCAUUCAUUGUCAUUUUGUUAUUGGAUGAAACUUGUGUUUUGAGAGGAAUGUGCCUGUGUGCGUGUGCAAGCAGCAGUGCUUGUAUGUUUUCACUGUUUUGCUGUUGAUACAUUUAUAUUUUGUGUAUACAUCACACGAAGUGAAAAGUAUUUUGGACUCGCAUUUUGAGUGUUCUUGAGCUGCUACUUUUUUGUCUUUUUAUUUGCAUCCUUCAGAAGCGAGUUUUUAUUUUUAUAUUGAAUGUAUUCCAAGAAAAUUGAGGCAAGGCAGAAUUCUUCAGUAGGCAAAACGGCAAAAACCAUUUUUUUAAAAGAAGAAUUUAAAAAGCGCAAAAGGAUACAAAGUAUGCUGGAAGAAGAAACCAAUUUCAGUUUUUUUAAAAAGUAUGAAAAAGCAGAAAAAGGAAACGGACCUACUGCUGUCUCACUGCCUCGUCACUAUUUCCCAGAAUCCCAUGUUUACACUGAGGGGGCGGAGCUGAAUCCAAAAAUAUGAUUGACACUUAUUUUACUUUGAUGCUGUUGAUGGGUGUGGCUAAGGGACCCAUGGGACAGAACUGCUUUUUGUUUUUUUUAAUGUUUGACUGUCCAGUUUGAGGUUUUUUUUUUUGUAUCUUUACUUUCUGGUUUUUCCUUCGACUCUGAAGGUGACCUGCCUUCACAGGAGCGCAGGACCGGACCUUUGUGUGUGCUUUGGGUACUUCUCCAGCUUGUGGAAGCGAUCUGCGCUUUAAAUGCAGUUUUGCUUUUUUCUUUCCUGGGUUGAAUGAGCCGCAGCGGGACGCUGUAG